GGUAUUUUACUAUUUUUCUUUAGCAAUCCUAACUUUGAAAGAAUUCUCCCUCGCUCAGCAUAGCGACAGCUUAAACCCUUGCCGCCGUGGAAGCUAGCCAGGGUUUACCGUUUGAUUUCUAUCUCCGAUCAUGGAAGGAAUCGAGAUGGAGGAAUCAACAUUCAACAACGAAUCCAACGAUGAUAUAUGCAAUUCAAUUCUCUCUCGUUUCUCAAACUCCACCGCUGUAAACCACCAACACCUCUGUGCCGUCAUCGGCGCAAUGUCACAGGAACUCAAAGAUCACAACCUCUCUUCUUCACCUGUCGCAUACUUCUGUGCCACAUGCUCCUCCCUGGACCGCACUGCAUCGGAACCUAAUCCACCUAUCCACCUCAUGGACGCACUUUUAACAUUUCUCUCGAUUGUUAUGUUUAAAGUUCCCGUUGCUGUGUUGAAGGAGAAGCGAGAGUUUCUAUCGGAGCUUGUUACAAAAGUUGUUAUGUUGCCGUCCAGUUCAGAGAGCGCUGUUGUUCAUGGAUUGAAGUGUGUUUCACAUUUGUUGAUUCAUAGGGAUAGUGUUCAUUGGUCUGAUGUAUCAACAUUGUUCAAUUUCUUGUUAGGUUUUCUUACUGAUUCGAGACUGAAGGUAAGAAGGCAAUCUCAUUUGUGUCUCCGCAAUGUCUUGAUAAAUUUUCAAAAUUCUUCGCUAUUAGCAUCUGCAAGUGAAGGGGUCAAAAACCUACUUGAAAGUUUUCUACUGCUGGCCGGUGGAGCAAAUGCAAAUGAUGAUGAUGGAACUAAGGGAGCAAAUGCAAAUGAUGGUGAUGGAACUAAGGGAGCCCAACUAGUUUUGUAUAUUCUUGAUGCCUUGAAAGAAUGCCUUCCUUUCUUGUCUCUAAAAUACAAGACCAACAUUCUUAACCACUUCAAAACUCUUUUAAAUAUGGGUCAACCCCUAGUCACAAGGCGCAUAAUGGAUGGUUUAAAUUUUCUCAGUCUUAACCCAACAUCGGAAGUUUCCCCUGAAGCACUACUUGAGGUGUUAUGCACAUUAUCAUCUCUUUCUGCCUCAUCAACUGAGAUCUCUGGAGAUGGUAUGACAUUUAUUGCUCGCUUGCUUGAUGCUGGAAUGAAGAGAGUUUUUUCCCUAAACAGGCAAAUGUGUGUAGUUAAGCUUCCUAGUGUCUUUAAUGACCUCAAAGAUAUUUUGGCAUCUGAACAUGAAGAGGCCAUACUUGCAGCCACAGAGGCACUCAAGAGCAUGAUCAACUGUUGCAUUGAUGAAAGUUUGAUUAAACAGGGAGUGGAUCAGAUAACUCUGGAUGAAUCAAGGAUGUCAGGACCAACCAUUAUCGAGAAAAUAUGUGUAACUGUUGAGAGCCUACUUGAUUAUCACUACGCUGCUGCCUGGGACAGAGUAUUUGAAGUUGUUUCCUCUAUGUUUCACAAAUUAGGAAGUAACUCUCCUUACUUUAUGAGAGGUAUACUCAAAAACAUGGAAGAUAUGCAGCAGCUGCCUGAUGAAAAUUUUCCCUUUAGGAAACAGCUUCAUGCAUGCCUUGGGUCAGCUCUUGUUGCAAUGGGACCCGAAACUUUUUUGUCCCUUAUAACAUUAAAUUUGGAAGCUGAAGAUUUAUCUGUCUCAAAUAAAUGGCUUUUUCCAAUUCUAAAACAGUAUAUUGUUGGUGCACGUCUAAAAUAUUUUACAGAGGAAAUUUUGCCUAUGAUUGAACGUGCAAGGGAGAAGGCUCAAAAGCUUGAGAAGCAAGAACUGAUGAAAGCAGACACACUUGUUUACUCUUUGUGGUCUUUGCUGCCUUCAUUUUGUAACUAUCCUUCAGACACAGCUAAAAGUUUCAAGGAUCUAGAAAAACAUUUACGUAGUAAACUAAAAGAAGAACCUAAUAUUCGUGGAAUAAUAUGCACUAGUUUGCAGCUUCUGAUUAGACAAAACAAGAACAUUAAGGAUUCAAAUGAUAAGGAUGAUAGUAGGCAAGAUAUGGACAAACAACAAGUCUUGUAUAAUUACUCGCAACAGGUUGCAACAAAAAAUUUGAGGGCACUGGAGAUAUCUGCCAAUAAUUUGUUGAAAGAUCUGUCAGACGCGUUCCUGAAAUCUACAAAAGAUGACGGUGGUUGUUUGCAGGGUACAAUUGGUGAUAUUGCUUCUAUAGCAGAAAAAAAAGUUGUACAGAACUUAUUUAAGAAGAAAAUGUCGGAUCUCUUAAAAUGCACUCAAAAUGCCAACAAAGUAGACGAUUCAGAAAGCUCUAUGCAGAUUGAUACAUCAAAUGAUGUGUCUCAAUCAGUUCUCAGGGCGCGGCUUCUUGAUUUCGCAGCUUCAUUAUUGCCUGGAUUAGAUGCGAAAGAUAUUGAUUUAUUAUUUCAAGUAAUAAAGCCAGCAUUGCAGGAUGUUGGUGUCAUGCAGAAGAAGGCAUACAAAGUUCUUUUGAUCAUGCUCAAGAGCUCGGACAGUUUUGUUUCAUUGAAGCUUGAAGUUCUGCUUGGGCUUAUGGUUGAAAUUCUUCCUUGCCAUUCUUCUGCCAAACGCCAUAGACUUGAUUGCCUUUACUUCUUGAUAGUCCAUGUCUUGAAGUCAGAGGCAUUCAAAGACGAGUUCUUUUACUUAUUAAAAUCAAAGGAUGAGUCAAUGGCGAUGGCCUGGCCAGAAGUUUUCGUCACUGAGAUAAUACUGGCUCUUAAGGAGGCUAAUAAGAAAACCAGGAACAGGGCUUAUGAAAUUCUGGUCGAAAUUGCCCAUGCACUCGGAGACGAGGAGAGAGGUGGGGACAGAAAUAACCUCUAUCAAUUUUUUAUCACGGUUGCUCGCGGCCUUGUUGGGAAAACUCCACAUAUGAUAAGUGCAACAAUCAAAGGUUUAGCUCGCUUGGCUUAUGAGUUCUCUGAUCUUGUUUUAACUGCUUUUGAUUUGCUUCCAUCCACAUAUGUCCUGCUGGAAAAAAAGAAUAGAGAGAUUACCAAGGCCAAUCUUGGUUUAUUAAAGGUUUUAGUAGCCAAAUCACAAGCAGAAGGAUUGCAAAAGCAUCUGAGGAGCGUGGUUGAGUGUUUGUUUAAGUGGCAAGAUGAUGCCAAAAAUCAUUUUAAAGCAAAGGUCAAACUUCUUUUGGGAAUGCUUAUCACGAAGUGUGGAUUGGAUGCCGUUAAAGCUGUUCUGCCUGAAGACCAUAUGAAACUUCUGUCUAACAUACACAAGAUCAAGGAACGGAAAGAGAGGAACCGAGGUGCUAAAUCUGAAGAAAGUAGGUCUCAUGUUUCAAAAGCAACUACAUCCAGGCAAAGUAGAAGGAACCAUAUGGAUAUUUUUUCAGAUUUUGAUGGAGACAGUGCCGGUAGUGAUACAGAAUACCUGAACGGCAAGGCAAUUUUUAGAGGGGGCAAAUCUUCCACGCAUCUCAAAUCAGCAGCAUCUUCAUUUGGGUCCAAGAUGAUACUAAAAAACAAUAUUCCUGAGCACUUGUCUGACGAAUCAGAUGACGAGCCACUUGAUUUGCUUGAUCGGCAGAAAGUAAGGUCUGCUCUUAGAUCUGAGAAUCUCAAAAGGAAGUCAAGGUCAGACGAUGAUGAGAUGGAGGUAGAUUCUGAAGGACGUUUGAUUAUCCGUGAGGAAGAAGGGGAACAAACGAAGAAAAAACCAGCCGAUUCAGAAUAUGAUGCUAGGAGUGAGCCUGAUAGUCAUUUGUCUGCAAGGUUUGGAACUAAAGCCCAGAAGCGGAGAAGAACAGCAGAGCCUGGUAAGGCUGGUAGGGCUUACACUGGGAAGGAAUAUGCUAGCAGAAAAGCUGGUGGAGAUAUUAAGAGGAAGGAUAAGCUUGAACCUUAUGCUUAUUGGCCACUUGAUCGGAAAAUGAUGAGUCGUCGGCCACAGCAACGGGCUGCGGCAAAAAAAGGUAUGGCAACUGUGGUAAAUAUGACAAAAAGGCUUGAAGGCAAGAGUGCCUCUGGCAUGCUUUCUAUGAAGAGUAUGAAACAAAAAAAAACUCAAAAGAAAGGCAGCAGGCAAAAGAAAAUGUAGCAGAUUGAUAGAGCCAUGGUUUGCUGUAACUUAGUGUAUUUAUACACGACCACUUGUGUUAAUUUUUUUAAUCAAGUGAUGUCGUAUAUUAUUUGCCCCGGCUUUCUUUCUUUUCUUUUAAGCAAAAAGGAUUAUAACAUUUCAUUACUUUUUUGUUGAAAGAAACAUUUCAUUACUUAAAAUAUAUUCAAUACAAUAUGAUCUAUCCGCCGA